AGCAACUUACCCUGCAUAUCCCUGUCCGUUCUCUCUGCAUACGGCCUGCAGUCAGUUGGACUGGAAGUUCCUCUGGUGCACUCUGCUCAACUUGCACCGCUGCAAAGCUCCGUCUCCUUCGUGCAGACAUGGCACCCUCACCUGUGCUCCAAAUGCUCGCGGUUGUCAUCGCAUCAGCGCUCGUGCAAAGUGCGACAUCGGCCACUGUCGAUGGACCUAUUUUCGCAGUGACUGUGAGCUCCCAGGUGAGAGGAGGGAAACAGGAGACCCUUUGUGCUCAGAUCCACGGCCCAAUGAAGCCAGUCAAUUUGACCAUCACCCUCGAAAUGGGCCCCGGCAAAACCACCAUCCUCGAGCAGGCUGUUGACAAGGACUUCUAUCGCUGCUUAAACUUCCAGGUCCCCACAGUACAUAGCAGAACUGUGGCAUCCAUUAAUGUCAAUCUUAAUGGUGAGGGUGUCUCUGUGAACAAGAAAACCAAAAUCCUCAUUGAGCGUCCUGCUUUCAUCCACAUCAUCCAGACUGAUAAACCCAUCUAUAAACCCGGACAGACUGUCCAGUUCCGCAUCGUCUCGAUGGAUUCUGAUUUCAUCCCUGUGGCCCGACUGUACAAAGUGGUGGAGCUCCAGGAUCCCAAUUCAAAUCGCAUUGCUCAGUGGUUGGAUAGGAACAUUGUUAGCGGCAUCCUUGAUCUUUCCCACCCCAUGAUUCCUGAGGCGGUAAAAGGAAGCUACGUGAUCACUGCCACAACAGAACAAGGAGAGCAAAUAUCCCACAGCUUCGACAUCAAGGAAUACGUUUUGCCAAAAUAUGAGGUAAAGGUUGAACUACCCAAUGUGAUUUCCAUCCUGGACAAGAGGGCAACAUUAAAGAUUUGUGGAAAAUACACCUAUGGGAAACCUGUUGUCGGUUCAGUCAAGGCAGUGUUUUGCAAAAUUGCUCCCCAUUUAUACUGGUAUUCAGGUCUAAUAGCAAAAGAUAUCUGCAAGACGUAUGAGAUGACAACUGACAAAGGUGGCUGUGCUACACAAACUGUUAACUUGGCAGCGUUUUCCCUUCACAAGACCAUAUCCGAUUGCAGCUUUGAGUUGAAUGCAGAAUUGGAGGAGUUCGGCACAGGAGUCAUUCUUAAAGGCACUGGGCGCACCAGCUUCAGCGGUAUUGUCAGAACUGUCAACUUCGAAGACGUACCUGAAGCAUACAAGCCUGGCAUCUUGUUCGAGGGAAAGGUCAAAGUGAUCGGUCCAGACAACAAAGCGGUCCCCAAUGAGGCUGUGUAUGUGUUUGUUGGCAACUCUCAUGCACCAGAAGUAACGCUGAUUACAGACGCAAAUGGCAAGGCUUCAUUUUCUUUUGACACCGCCCUCUGGACGGACAAUGUGAAUCUAGAGGCUCGAUCCAGAAAGACGGAAGUGAAUGAGCCAUAUGUGGCAGAUGUGCGCAAACCAGAGUACAGGACUGCAUACCACAACGUCGCAGCAUUUUACUCUAAGAGCAGUAGUUUCCUGAAACUCAUGCAAGUGAACGGGAGGCUGGCCUGUGACAUAGACACGACUGUGCGAGCUCAGUACAUCAUCCAGGGGACGGAGCUAAAGAGCGAUCAGGAUAUCCUCGAAUUCUUUUACCUGGUGAUCUCCAGGGGUGGAAUUGUUCAGCAUGGCAGUCUCCCAGUUGCUGUUAAAGCGGGAAUUGUCAACAAAGGAGAGUUGUCUGUACCGCUUCGUCAGGUUACAGACCUGGCACCUUUUGCCCAAGUGGUAGUUUAUACUGUGAUGCCCAAUGGGGAGCUUGUGGCUGAUAGCAGGGACUUCCCAAUCAGGCUCUGCCUCAAUAACAAGGUGUCUCUGAAGUUCUCCUCUCUCCAGGCACUUCCAGCAGAGAAGACCACGCUCAGCCUCCAGGCUCACCCAGGCUCUAUGUGCUCCAUAAGAGCCAUCGACCAAAGCGUACUCCUUCUGCAGCAGGAGCAGGAACUCACUGUUGACUCGGUGUACAGCCUGAUGCCUGUGCAGAAGCUCUCAGGAUACAACUAUGAGGUUGAAGAUGUUAAGCCCGAUCCCUGCUUGCAUCUGCUAGAGCCACAACCUGAAAUUGAGAUUCUAGAACCAGAACCAGAACCCGAACCUGAACUGGAGCUUGCAGUUGACGUAGAGCCAGCUAGUCGAGCAAAGCGCUCGAUGUACUUUCCAGAGGACGAUCAGAAGAAUGACGUCUACAACAUUUUCAAAGAAAUAGGGAUCAAAAUUGUGACCAACUCCGAUAUAAGAAAACCUUAUGACUGCCGUUGGAGGGACUUUAGCAUCGAGCUAGGCCUUUCGGUUCCAAUGGCCUACAACAUGAUGCCACAAAGUUCAGGCGCUGUCGUGAGAGUCAAAGAGGAGCAGAAACAACAGACCCUCAGGACAUUCUUCCCUGAAACCUGGAUCUGGGACCUAGUUUCUGUGGGAGACAGUGGCUCAGUCAACGUGGAGAAGACAGUCCCUGACACCAUCACUAACUGGGCAGCUGGAGCGUUCUGCGUCUCAUCCGCGGGCUUCGGCGUAGCGCCCAACACGGGGCUGGUCGCCUUCCAGCCGUUCUUUGUCAGUCUCACCUUGCCCUACUCUGUCAUCCGAGGGGAGGUGUUUACACUCAAAGCAACUGUCUUCAACUAUCUCUCCAAGUGCAUUAUGGUUAAUAUCAAUCUGGCUGAUUCAGACCAGUACACCUCCAGAAACUGCGACGGCUGCCAGUACAGUGUAUGUUUGUGUGGGGAUGAGAGCAGGACCUUCUCAUGGAUUGUAACCCCAUCCACACUAGGCCAGGUGAAUCUGAAGGUCAGCGCAGAAGCCAUGAAGACUGACAUACUGUGUGGCAACGAGGUGGCCACUGUCCCCGACAUGGGCAGCAUUGACACGGUGGUCCGCACCCUGCUGGUGGAGGCUGAAGGAACACCACAGAUGGUCAGUCAUAACGCUCUCCUCUGUCCUGCAGAGGGGCCUGUGGAGAAGAAGAUUUCCCUUCUGAUGCCCGAGAUGUUUGUGGCUGGAUCAGCCAGGGCCUCUGUUUCUGUACUGGGUGACCUGAUGGGCCGGGCCAUGAAGAACCUGGACAAGCUCCUGGCCAUGCCGUACGGCUGCGGGGAGCAGAACAUGGUGCUGUUUGCGCCCAAUAUCUUCAUCCUGAACUACCUGAAAAGCACUGAGCAGCUGACCAAGGACAUUCAGGACAGAGCAACACGCUUCCUAGAGAGCGGAUAUCAGAGGGAGCUUACCUACAAGCACAAUGACGGCUCCUACAGCGCCUUCGGGAAGAACGAUGAGUCUGGAAAUACCUGGCUGACCUCUUUCGUGAUGAAGUCCUUCAGCGGGGCGAAACCGUUCAUCUUUGUGGAAGACAGGCACAUUCAAGAAGCCAGGAGCUGGCUCUCCAAACUCCAGCAGCCUAACGGCUGCAUCAGAUCUGUGGGAAAACUCUUCCACAACGGCAUGAAGGGAGGAGUGAGUGACGAUGUGUCUCUGACAGCCUACGUCUCAGCUGCCAUGCUGGAGCUUGACAACAACGCCUCGGACCCCGUGGUGAAGAAGUGCCUGAGCUGUCUGAAGGCAUCAGUGGAAUCCCAGCUAGAAAACCUGUACACCACCGCCCUGCUGUCCUACACCUUCACUCUGGCUGGAGACGACGAAAUGAGGAGCAAACUCAUCACUUACCUGCACCAGAAGUCCAACACGCAGGGUGGCACCCGUCACUGGGAGAGAGCAGGGGCUUCUGGGAAAGGCCUGGACUCUCUGGAGGUGGAGAUGACCUCCUAUGUUUUGCUUGCUCUGCUCUCCGGUCCGGCCGUGCCAGACUUCGGCUUGGAUUACUCCUCCAGCAUUGUCCGCUGGCUGGCCCAGCAGCAGAACCCGUAUGGGGGUUUCUCUUCCACGCAGGACACAGUGGUGGCCCUCCAGGCCCUGGCUAAGUACGGAGCAGCCACCUACUCCGCUGAGGGCAGCACUGCGGUGACGGUGACUUCGCUGGGAGGCCUGAACACAGAGUUCACGGUGGAUCAGAGCAACAGGCUGCUGUACCAGGAGCAGAAGCUGAGCGAGGUCCCCGGAGAAUAUACCGUCAGGGCCCAGGGACAGAGCUGCGUGAUGGCACAGAUCUCCAUGCAUUACAACAUCCCCCCUCCCCCCGACUUCUCUGCCUUCAACAUCUCCACUAACACCAUGACCAAGUGCAACAUCAGCCGGCCGCAGCUCAUCCUCUUUGUGCAUGUCAGGUACCAGGGCAGGAGAGAGGAAACCAACAUGGUGAUCAUCAACAUCAAGCUGCUGUCUGGGUACAUUCUGGAUAAGGGCUCCCUGAAGCUGCUGCAGAGCGACCGCUCAGUGAAGCGUGUGGAUCUGGAGGAAGGAUAUAUCAACAUUUACUUAGACGGGUUGAAACAGGAUGAAACGAUGAUAUACAGUGUGACACUGGAGGAGGAUGUUCCCGUCAGGAAUCUGAAACCAGCUGUGGUCAAAAUCUAUGAUUACUACCAGACAAGUGAUGAGGCAGUCACUGAGUACUCCUCCUCCUGUGCAGAGAGUGAUGUCAUCAACGAGCUCUAAACUCACUUGGCAGAAUCAAUGCGUCAGAGAAAGAAACUUCUAGAUGUUUAUUUUUUUCUUAGCCUGUUUCUUCACUUGUUUUUACUCCUUUUAAAACAGUUUUAGCUUUGUUUUAUUGAGUUAAUUCCACCUUUUUAGGAACAAAAAUGUCCUUUGCUUUUUAAAGCUUGUUUUGAUUUAUUUUCUUGUUCUACUUUCUGUCCCAUUGUUCUGUAACUGUUGGUAAUGAAGCAAUAAUCAGUCUCUCCUGGACACUGGAACCUUCCAGUUUAAACCAACUGAGGUGAAGAAAAGCAGACAGAGACAUUGUGUAACAGUUCUGUUUUUAAUAGAUUUAACAAAAUCCAUUGUAUUCAUACGUGAAAAUAACGCAUGAGACAUACAGGGUACCAAUAACACAGUAUGGUCCGAGUAGUGUGUGUGUGUGGUGUGGUGUGUGUGGUAUGUGUGUGUGUGUGUGUGUGUGUGUGUGUGUGUGUGUGUCAGAAACUAUUUUCUAGAAAAGUACAGUCUCAUGAGUGCUAGGUGUGUUAUACUGUGUGUACCAGUAAAUAAAAAAAGGUAGAUUCGUACAUCACUACCAUACAAUUUUCAAUGUAACUGACCGACAAUAAAAUGUCUUAAAUGACAAAAAUAAGUAAAAAUUGUCUUUUUCAUACAAUACCGUUUCAUUUCAAUAGUAAUAUUAUUUUUUCAUUCAGGCAUCUUCUUUACAGUAUAUUUAGUUUCCUUUCUUCUCAACAUAGAUUACAACAGUAAUGUAUCCCGGCUACUAUCAACAGACAUGAUUUAACAGCCUUGCCAGUGUUGAAUAGUUUGGUUUGCACGUGUUAACUGUGCAGUGUACGGAAGCCCAGAGAUGCAAAAUAAACGUCUUUAGAUUUU